GGAACUUUAUGCAGCAGGGAAACAAUAGCAGGAAAAUGGGAAGAGACACGCUUCUCACGCAUGCUCAGUGGCACAGUGCUAACCAGCUGAGUAGGAAGAAGAGUUGGGUAAAUGUUUUAAACCUCCUGUAAUCGACAUAUUAUAUGACUCACCGUUUCACGCUUUGCAUGCUAUGGCUGAAGAAAACUUUACUAAAGAAGAAACCCUCGCGAUGAGACUAAGGCUAAUUGGGCAGUCAUGUCGACUGUUUUACAAAGAAGACCCUGUCAAAAUAGUGAGAGCAAGAGGACAGUACUUGUUUGAUGAAAAUGGGAAUCGCUAUUUGGACUGCAUCAGCAAUGUCCAACACGUGGGUCAUUGUCAUCCUGCCGUUACAACGGCUGCUGCAGCACAAAUGGACCUUCUGAACGUAAAUACUCGGUUCCUGAACGACAAGAUAGUCCUUUAUGCUGCUCGUCUCGGUGCCACUUUGCCUGACAAACUGUGCGUCUUCUAUUUUGUUAACUCUGGUUCAGAGGCCAAUGACCUGGCCUUGCGCUUGGCCCAACAGUACACCCAAAACCAGGACGUCAUAGUUCUUGACCACGCUUACCACGGACAUCUAAUGUCCCUCAUUGACAUCAGUCCUUACAAGUUCCGGAAACUGGCGGGGCAGAAAGACUGGGUUCAUGUGGCGCCUUUACCAGACACCUACAGAGGGAUGUACAGAGAGGAUCACCCCAACCCAGGCCAAGCCUAUGCAGAUAAGGUCAAAGACCUGAUAGAGGAGAUCCACAGGAAAGGUCGCAAGAUCUCUGCAUUCUUUGCUGAAUCACUGCCAAGUGUUGGAGGGCAGAUCCUCCUGCCCCAAGGAUAUUCCAGUAAAGUCGCCGAGUACGUGCACUCGGCUGGAGGAGUUUUCGUGGCAGACGAGGUGCAGACGGGGUUCGGACGUGUGGGGAGUCAUUUUUGGGCUUUCCAGCUACAGGGGGAGAAUUUCUGUCCAGACAUAGUCACCAUGGGGAAACCCAUGGGUAAUGGUCACCCUGUGGCGUGUGUGGCAACAACAGUAGAGAUAGCUCAGGCAUUCACAGCGAAUGGAGUGGAGUACUUCAAUACGUUCGGAGGGAAUCCGGUGUCGUGUGCGAUUGGCCUGGCGGUUCUUGAUGUGAUUGAGGAAGAGGACCUCAGAGGAAAUGCCAUAAGGGUGGGGGAACAUCUGAAGGGGUUGCUCAAAAAGCUGCAAGCAAGACAUGAAGUAAUAGGAGAUGUAAGAUGUGUGGGACUGUUUGCAGGAGUGGAAUUGGUUACAGACAGAGAGAAGAGGACUCCUGCCACCAACUUAGCUGCGUUGGUGGUGAAAAGGUUGAAGGAGGAGGACAGGAUCUGCAUGAGCACCGAUGGCCCAUGGGACAACAUUUUGAAAUUGAAACCACCAAUGUGCUUCAGCGUUGAGGAUGCAGACCUUGUAGUGGCGUGCCUGGAACGCAUCCUCUCAGACAUCAAAGCAAACCACCUCACGCUGGAAAAUGAAGACAUCUAAGGUCUUUGGCACCAAUUCACAGCAUCGCCAUGGACCAAGGCAUGUCAGCUCCCAAUACAUUUUCUUCAUUGGGAAGGACUCCCAAGAAAUAUUUUAAUCAUGAAAGCGCCAAAAAUGCAAUAAAGUGAUACUUUUAGAGCA